GAGAUCGCUCUAUUUUCUGCCUUUGUGCUCAUGUCAGGAGAUCGGUCAUGGCUACAGGAGAAACUGAAGAUUGAGAAACUCCAGCAGAAAAUCCAGCUCACACUGCAGCAUGUUCUUCAAAAGAACCAUCGUGAUGAUGGAAUUCUAACCAAGUUAAUAUGCAAAGUCUCCACGCUACGUGCGUUGUGUAGUCGUCACACGGAGAAACUCAUGGCGUUUAAAGCAAUAUAUCCAGACAUUGUGAGACACCACUUCCCUCCCCUCUACAAGGAACUCUUUACCUCUGAAUAUGAGCCAGCCAUGCAACUGGAGGGAUAG